CCGCCGAGUCUAAAUUCAUUCAGCAGCUCCACAAUCGCGCACUGAGACAAAUAAAGCAGGAAUCGUAUCGUAGGGCUAUUAGCAGGAAAGGAAGCUUUCUUGUUUAUUACACAUUAAAAUCGUGUCGAUGCUCAGAUCGAAUCGCUGGUGUGCAUGUCGUAGCAGUAGGCCGUGUGGAGUAGUGCUAGUGAGACAUCAGAAAACGAGCGAAAAGAGGAAAAAAUUGGGCAAGAUUUUCGAAAAUAGUAAAGUUUUAAUGUCUACACGUCGUCUUAUUGCGUCGCAUUAGUCAUCCGGAAUUCUGGAGUGUGUGAAAUGGAUCCCUCCUCGAUCAUCGUGCUGGAUUCCUCCGACGAGGAAUCCGGUGAGCCGAAACGACGAAAACUGGGAAGCGGAGCGGGGCCGCCACCGUCGGCCGUAAACGGGGGUCAGCACAGACUUAAGCUGCCGCCCGAGCCGGGAAGCAAUAUCAAACGCAUCAAACCCAUCACAAUCGCUACGAAUUUGAGUAAGGAGUCCGACAAUAACAAUCGGCCGGCGGUGAACGAAAAUUUUGCUUCCAUCAGUUACUCCGAUGAGUGGGAGAAAAAUCUUCAAAAGUACCAGCAGAUCAUCAGUGACCACGAACGAUCACGCCAGCAACAGCAGCCGCAGGCUGCCAAAAAGAAAUCACCCCUUUCUUCGGUGGCUGAAGAGGAAGUUGGCGAGCGGAAGACAGCUACGCCCGGCAGCAGCACUGCCGAUUCUCACUCCACUAGUCGAUCCGAGAAGAAAAAGGAACGCAAAAAUGACCUGGAAAAGAAUCCCAUCGGGAAGGAAUUCGGCGAGCUGUUGGAUGCCUGUCGGAAGGCCGACUCGUCACCGGAAAUGGAACUACUGAUACAGAAAAAACUCAUAAGGUAUUACGAGUGCGUCCAUCCCGAUUUUAUCAACUCGAAAAGUUUCAAGAAAACCCUGGCGGCAGUAACGGAGGAAGUGCUGGCCAACCCCGAACUCGUCUACCUCAAGCUGGCGAGUAUCGUGGAGGAGCUGAAUAUUCGUCGCAAAUCGAGGAACUCAGUGAUGACGAAUGAGAACGUCACCAGCACUGGAAGCGAGAAGAAAGACAAUCAGAUAAGACGGCUGAAUCGAGCGUUAUACAUAUUGAAGAAACGCAUCGCAAAGCUAGAGGAGAUGGAGGUAGAUUUCGAUGAGGAUAUCAACUCCGCUUACAUGAUGGAGGAGCGAUACAAAAAGCGAGCAUUCGAAAUCUAUGAGAAGAUCUGUGAUAUCACCGGGGAGAGCAAACACGCACACCGGAUUGUUCGGAAGCCGGUGCACUUUGAUGGGACGCACUAUCCAGAGUUUAACCGCACCAUCCAGACGUUCGUAAACCGAACGAACACGUUCCCGGAUUUCUUCGAUGUGCUGAAAUGCUUGCAGCACUGCAACAGUCAGUACGGGUACCGCAUGAAGCGGGAUGAGAUGACCAAAAUUGCCCAGGAUGCGUUCAUCAAGAUCGGCAAACUGCUUCAGAAACGUCGAAAAACGGAUCUCUACGAGACGGUUUCGUACUACACAGGGGCGGAAAAGGAUCCAGCAAUUGUCGACCGAAAGCUGCUGGAGAAGCUAGAGGAUAAUAAAAAACAUUACGGGAAGAUUGGAGAUCUCAUCGAUAAGUUUGCACGUGUGCAGGAUCGUGAUACGGAUGACGAAGCGGAUGCCGGUGCGACAUCAAGCCAUAAUUCUAAGCCGUCCAGCAGUAAAACAGGAAUGGUACAGAUAAAAGCACAACCCGCCAUAGUAAGCUGUAGUUUGAACGAGAGUGUAAGUAGACCUACGUCUCCACCUACGAACAGCACCGGUACAAAGGGUACGGAUUCGCCUAGUGAUAGUAGUCCAACCGCGGAAGACAAAGAUACGAAAAAAUCUAGCAGCGACGAUAAACCGGAGAACGGUGAAAUAGAUGGGGAUAAGAGUCUUGAGGAGGUUCCACCUCCCGACGAUGGAGACGACGAGUUUGACGAAGAAGAGGACGAGGAGGACGAGAUGCUCAUUAAGGAAAACGUUAAACCGGACACCUUCGAUGACAUCGAAAUUUCCGACGAUGAAGAACUGCUUGUUCCAGCGUCUUAGCGCUUGACGCUGGGUUCAUGUUUAAAUUUGUAAAUAGCAAUCACUACAAAGAUUCCGAAGGAAUAUAUCGCGCUCCGAAACUAGUGAUUUCAUAGGGGAUACUUUUAUCAGAAAUUAUUUCACUUUUACAAACACACAAUCGUUCUUAUAUCGUGGCUAUUUAAUUGUUAGCGUAACUUUUUGAUAAAAACAAAAUCAUUCACCAAAA